UUUUCUCUCUCUAUAAAAAACCCUGUCCUUGCUUCUUCUUAAACGCUUCCACAGUCGGACACAGCACCUAUACCUACAGGCCCUACCUCUACAGCCCCUACAAUAUAUUUCCUCCACUCCUCUCUAUCUCUCUCUCUCUCUCUCUCUCUCUCUCUCUAUCUAUAAUAUUUUUCCACCACUCCUCUUCUCUCUCUCUCUCUCUCUCUCUAUCUAUAAUAUUUUUCCACCACUCCUCUCUCUCUCUCUCUCUCUCUCUCUCUCUCCUAAAUCCCUCUUCUUUUUCUAAUCAUUUAUUCUUAAACGAUUCCACACCCGCAGAAAAACACUUCUUCUUCUUCAAUUCACUGAAGUUCCUACUUCUUGCUUGUUCUAAUGACAACACCAAAAGAAGUAGAGGAAGUCUCUGAACACCUCAGAUACAAGACAUGGGUCUUGAGAGUCUCAAUCCACUGCGAAGGCUGCAAAAAGAAAGUCAAAAAGAUUCUUCAAAAAGUUGAAGGUGUUCAUAAAGUGGAUAUAGAAGCCAAGCAACACAAAGUUACAGUAACUGGUAAUGUAGAAGGAGAGACUUUGAUCAAGAAAAUGUUAAAGUCAGGUAAACAGGCCGAGUUAAUCCUAAUCCCGGAAAAGACUGAUCAGGAGGAGAAAAAGUCCGGCAAAUCGAAGAACAAAGAGAAACAGAGCAACCCAGAAAGCAGUGAACAAGUUAGUACUCAUGGUGGUGGUGAUCACAAAGAGAAGUCACCAGUGAAAGUCGAAGUAGUCCAAGACCCAUCUCAAACUAGCGGCGGAGGUGGUGCAGCACAGGCUAAAGCCGCUAAAAAUGGCGGUGGAGGUGGUGAGGCACAAGCUAAAGCUGCUAAAAAUGGCGGUGGAGGUGGUGAAGCACAAGCUAAAACUGCUAAAAAUGGUGGUGGAGGAGGUGGUCCGGCGAGUGAAGGCGCCGAAGCAGCCACAGAUACUGAAACCGCAGCUAAAAAUAGCGGCGGACAGCGGGUGGAGUCAAAAUCUGAGGGGAAGAAACCGGAGACCGGUCCGGCCGGUGAACAGUCUCCGGCGGCGGAGAAAAAGGGCGGUGAAGUUGAUGGUGGUGCAGAGAAAAGUGGUGGCGGCGGCGGCGGCAAUGGCAGUGCUGGUAAAAAGAAGAAAAACAAAGGGGAAAAUGGUAAUACAAGUGUUGCUGAAGGUGAACCAUCAAGCAGAGAAUCAAUUGAUCAGAGCCCACCUCCGGCUUCGGCCUCGGCUAAUCAGAGACCUCCACGUCAGCACGGAGAUUAUCACCCACCACAUCACUAUGCACCACCACCUGUAUAUGCUGUGAGUUACAAUACGGCGCAUCCUACUAGCAGUAAUACGGCGUCGUACUAUGCUAAUCCACAACCGUAUCAAUACGCAUAUACGCAUCCGAGUGAACAGACAUACCGAUAUACGUAUCCGAGUGAAGGGAUGGAAUUUUCACCGUCGGAUUUGUAUUCCCAUCCGCGGCAGCCGUCGGAUUCCCUCUCGUAUUUUAGCGAUGAAAAUCCAAAUGGGUGCUCAAUUAUGUGAAGGAAUUCAUAAUUGUCUAGAAAAUUAGGUAUAGUAAGCUAAGCUUAUACUACUUGUAUAAGCCAAUGGGAUGUAAUAUAUGUGUGUGAGUGGAAGAUGGUUGGUUUUUAUGUAUUUUAAUAUAAACUAGUGAUUUUAAUCUUCACCAUAUUAUUAAAUUUAA